AUGCAGGACGACAUCCGUAUGGCUGAAGGCGUGUUAACCCGUAAAGAAGCAGGUCCUCCUUAUUACGAGCCACUCAAACCAACUCCCCCGUCGUCGAUCCCGCCGUUGAAUCCCGCCAGGGCCUUGGGAGAUCGAAAGACAAGCUCGCCCGCAGCCCCGAACAGAAACCAUCCAAGCAUGAACACCUUGCCGAACGGCUUCCAUGCCGUCAGCUCGGAAAAGCACAGCCCAAGCGGCAACGUCCCCUGGACGGAGCAUCUUGAAAAUAUCCAGAACCAGGGCACUCCUCCUCCACGUCCACCUCGACCCCAUUCAAACCCACAGUCCCCGCUCUCAACCCGCACCUCGCUCCUCACCAGGUCAUGGAGCCCCCGGUCGUCCACCGACACCUCCGGCUUCAUCCUGCAGCACCCACUCGCACAGCAGCCCGCGGCGGGUCCCGGCGUCGGCGGUGGUGGCGGCGGCGGCGGCGGAAUGAGCCGUGAGAGUCAGCAGGAGAAGCUGGCCCAGGAGCUGAUGGCGUGCCAGCAGCAGCUCGAAAAGACGCGGCAGGAUUUCGAGGCGCAGCGGGUGGCGCUGCUCAAGGAGAUCGCGGAGCUGCAGACGCAGAUCCGGCUCAAGAAGAAGCAGCAGGUCGGGGUGCGGCGGGCGGCGGAGAAGGCGGCGGAGCUCGAGGUCAUGGCGCAGCAGCGCCGGUUCGAGCAGAAGAUGGCCGAGCUCGAGCUCGAGUGGAAGCUGCGCGAGGACGCCAUCUGGUCGCAGUUCUGGGAGAUGCGCGAGUCGGACCUGGCCGAGAGCAACCGGCAGUGGGACAAGAGGGAGAAGAGCAUCAAGGAGGAGUGCAGGACCUACCUGCGCCAGGCCGAGCAGGCCAACAACGAGAUCCGGUCGCUCGUCGAGAAGCUCGAGUCGGAGCUGGGCCGCGAGCAGGAGCAGCGCCGGAGGCUGGAGGCCGAGGCCAAGGAGAGAAGCAAGCUGCUGACCAGGGCACACAAGGAGUUUGAGCAGGAGAGCGAGACCGAACGCGGCAACCCCCCAUCCGAGGGAGGCAGCAACUUCCACACGGCCCCGCAACCUGAACCGAGCAGCAGGAAGGACAAGGUGAACGAGGUCAUAGUCGAGCCUGCGGCGCCCCCUCCCAAGGCGCAGCCCCACCACACCUCGGACGAGGCCCUGGUCGCGUCCAUCAAGGCGCUGAGGAGAGCCAUACGGGACUUUGUGAGGAUAUUCCUCGAGGCUCCCCAGGAAAGGAUUGCCCACCCGGCCCAGGUCCAACCGGGCCGCUCCACCGCGAGCAUGAACAACUACUCGGGCGUCUUGGGCUGCGUCACCCUUUCCGGCCAGCUCAAGGAUGCAGCGCACCUCAUAUACACCGAAAACUUCCACACUUUCAUGGAGGCUUUGCUCUGGAAGUAUUUGGAAAACCGAGUCCUCGGCAACUUCAUUUGGGCUGGUCGUGCAUCCCGGCAUCUGCAGGGACUCUUUUCCGUUCUUCAAGAUGGCAGCCAAGAAGUAAAACAGGAUUUCCAUCAUUGGCGAUUCGCAACCACCAGGCUCAUCCUCGGCGCGGCGGGAGAUCGGACGGCCAUCGAGGUGGAAUAUCAGACCAAGAGGGACGCAGCCAUCGCCGAGAUCUGGUCGCUCACCGAGGGCACCAAGUCCAAGGCCGACGACUUUGACGAGUACCUGUCGAGGAUCGGGCAGCUGGUCGACCAGGCUGCGGCGCUGGACAAGGAGAUAUACCUGCGGCCGUACAUCACCACGUGGCGGGAGUGCCACCCGGACACGCACCCGGACUUUGACCCCGUGCUCAUGACCAUGGCGGACGGGGAGGUGCCGCCGCCGGAGUUCAACCCCAAGGUUGUGCUGAUGGUCUUCCCGGGCCUGGCGAGGGAGGCCCUGGAGGAGGCCGGCGAGGACGAGCUCCUGCUCCAGCUCGAGGUGCUCUGCGAAGUCGGCCCGCUGGACCGGCGGCACGAGGAGUCGUCCCAGGGCGUGCUUCAGGGUGCGCCCCAGGGGCUGCCCCACCGACAGCCUCCGGAGCGGCCGCAGAGCGAGCCGGCGGCGCCCUUCUUCAGCAAAAAGGGCCUGCAGCAGGCCGCCGCGGCGUGCUUCGAGGCCGACGACGGCGGGCCCAGGCGGAGGAGGAGCGUAGGUGGCAUCUUGAAGCGGGUGUGGGUGUACGGGCAGCCGGCAUCGGUUCAGAGCCCGGGCCGCUGA